CAUCCUUCCUAGAGACUCCUUCACAUCUGCAUCGACCCUAAUACCCGAACCCCCAUUCAUCUCGGUCGUUCACACCCGCCACAAACCGCCAUUCUUUUCGAUAUUGCUGCUUUAGUGUGACGCUUCCUUGUUUCUUUGUUUCUUUGUUCUCCAAAGUCCCCAAUCGCUCCUCCACUCCUCCAACCCGUCGCGUUUCCCUUUACCCUUUGCAAGUCCCUCUCAGUCUCUCACUGAGCUUUCCCUACCAACAACCAUCUUCUCGAAUCGCGUCGUGUCGUCGUCUCUUCACUGGUCGUACCGCGAUUCCUACCGAGCGGCACUCGGUCGUCACCCGACUUCGUUAGCCUGUAGAAAAAGACCGACAGGCGACAAGCUUUUUUGAGCCGCACGAUGUCGCUGCUUUCGCCCCCAGCCCCCGCUACUCCCGUCCACAACAACCAGCAGCACCCACCGCACCUAGCCAGCAUCUUUGCCUCGGGCGGAACAUCGAAUUCGUUCCAGACACCAAGCAGCACGCCGAUGCAGGCUCCGCCCGAUAAGAACGCGCGGAGAAAGUCCCUCGGUGGCGGAAGCGGCGUCGGGGGAGCUGGAGCUGUCGGAGGUUCGGCGGGUUACCGGCCCGUGGCUUAUCGUACGGCUGGUGUUAGGUUAGCGUGCCUCGUUAAUGCUUCGGUGACGGUAUGCGGCGACGACUCGAUAUACGCGUUCGGCGGAUUCGAUCAGUAUACGGACGAAGUCUUUAAUCACGUGUUAAAGCUAGACCUCAACACGUAUACCUGGACCCUCGUGGACAACUAUGGUGACAUUCCUAGUGUUCGAAUGGGCCAUACCACAACGUAUUGGAAGGAGAACAAACUGAUCAUCUUCGGCGGUGAAAACGAGCAACGUGUAUUUUUGUCGGAUGUCUACAUCUUCGAUAUCCCAACGGCGACCUGGUCACAGCCAGUACUGUCCGGCUAUCCUCCGUGCGGCCGGUCGAGGCAUGCGGUGGUGCUACAUGACGACAAACUCUUCGUUCUGGGCGGAAUCCACCAUGUUGCGCAGGCCGAUUUCGACCCAGAGGACACCGAAUUCAACCCGCAAGAAGUCCUCGAUGACAUCUGUUACCUCGAUCUCAAAAGUAUGACAUGGAGUCGGAGUUGGCGGUGGGUUGCGCGGUUCGAUCACCAGGCAUGGGUGCGGAACGGAAAGCUGUGGAUAUUUGGCGGUAUGGGCAAGGAGAUGGAUAGGACUGGAGAGUUGAUAUCGCUGGAUCUCAGCCAUCCGGUAUUUGCAAGGACAGAUGUCAAGCAGGUGGGAUACGCAACUCGACAGGCGCGCGUGACGGCGGAUGCUACCAGUGGUCAAGGUCGCGUCCUCAGAUCACACCGCUCAUACGGUCCGAACUCUCCUCGCCCUGUUUACGCCCAACGCCGCAACACCCCACCGCCAAAACAGCACCUCGUUCCGGCAACGUCGUCAUCGGUUCGCUUCCUCCUGAGCGAACACAUUCCCUCCGAGGCUCAUGGAACCCACUUCCAUCACAUCUGCGGCAGCACACUGCUCGACUUUGUCACCUACGCCAACUCCAUUCGGACCGCCGAGACCGGUCUUUCGGCUCUCAAUCUCCAGGACAUGACGUGGCGGAAGAUUGCCGAUGGCAUUGACAUGCUUGGUGGCGCAAACUGGCGAUGGCAUUACCUCGCAAUUUCACCGAACUCGGCGACGGCUUAUCUUUUGGGUUGCCCCAUGGAUAAUGAUGAGAUAGGAGAUGGCGAGGAAUACCUUUCCGACGUCCUCCCCAUCGAUCUCACCCAAUUCGGCGUCCAUCUGGAACAGGAACCUGGCGAUACUCCUGCAGGCGGCAUGCUCGGCUCGGACUUGGCCAAAGUUUUUGAUACCGAGGAUUCGGGUUGGGACUUCACCAUCCGUGCGAUGAAGGACGAGGCCGCCGAGGGUGACGAGUGGGAUGUUGAAGGGAUGUGGGGACGAAGUAUGAUCAACAGCCCUGACGCCUCCGGUCAGACGGCGGAACAACGGGAGGACGAUGACCUCCCUCCAGAAAAUGUUAUGGGACCACCGAUCCGCGUUCACAAACUUAUAUUGCUCACUCGCUGGCGUCAUUUCCAGAGCCUCUAUAACUCGAGGAUGAGGGAGUUCCACCGCGGUCGACUGUACCUUCCGGAGCCCUAUACCGUCGUUAGAGCAUUCUUGUACUACCUCUAUUCCGACUCAAUCGCGAGAUCUCCCUUCUGUCCAGAUAUCUCCGUGGUCGCAGGCCUGCUUGUCAUGGCUAACCUCUAUGACAUCACACGCCUGCGAUCUCUCUGCCUAAACCGACUCUAUAACGAGCUAGACGUGGAAUCUGCCGCCGUGGUCUGGGAGAGGGCGGGAGUCGCCGGCGAAGACGCGCUGAGAAGGAAAGCCGCCACCUUUGUGCUGACCUCCUGGGGUCGCGUGGUACGCACACGUGGGUUUCGCCGACUAAGCCGCAGGAGUCUAAUGGAGCUCUGCGAGGAGGUUGACGAGGAAGGGCGUGUGACGGGAGGCGAUGAGAUGGGCUGGGAGGGGAGUUCACCCGGCACUCCCGUUGGAUUCGCAGUCGGCUCCACCGCUACGGAGCUAGCCAGUGAGGGCGGCGGUCCCCCAGAUGAGAAUGAUGAAGACGAAGAGAUGAUCUGACGAGAAAAUUGUUGGGAAAGUCGUGAUUUGCGAUAAGAUGAAGUAGCGUUUAGGUAUGCCGUUAUGUUUCUGGUCUCUUGGUAUUACUGCAUCGGUGCGUGGGAUAGGGGUUUGGGAUUUGCAACUGUAUCUUAAGAAGUUUCGUUUUCGAGAUGUGGAUGGAGAAUUUCCUUCGACUGGUAGGAUAGAUAGUGCGAGUGUGAUUGUGUUUCUUUCGUCGGGCUUGGAUAUGUGACAUCCGGAUCGGCGCAGGUCACAGGAAAGAAGAAGGGAGGUGAAAUGGUGUGGUUGUUGUACUCUAAGUAUUUUAUGUGCAUACACAAGGCCUUGCCCAUGUACCUAGCCCUAUUCGCUCCUACAUCUGCAGAAGCUCUAGAACAAGAAAUCAUCAUCGCC